UCUCUCUAUUCUUCUUUCUUUGAGAGUCUCCUUUGUUUAGACAGUGUCUAUUGUUUCGACGUGAACGAUCAAUACUUACUACUACUAUCUACUAUUGCCAUUUCUCUUCUUCUCUCUUUGAUUGACCACUUUCCUACUACAUACAUACUACACACUAUUCCUUUGAAUAAUUGUUGUGAUUGAUCGUGAUAUUAUCUUGCGCUGGCGCAAUAAUCUCCCAUCUCGACACAUACUAUAACACACAUACAUACAUACACAUCUCUCCUUCCCCACUAAACAACCACGACCAGUCAUAAAAAAAAAUGUACCUCCUCGCCUUCCGCCUCAUCCGACGCAUCUUCUCCAAAUCCAAAAAAUCCAACAACAACCAAGACCCCAACGGAAUCAACCUCGACUACCCACCACCACCCGCCUCCAACAUCCCCCGGCGCCCCCGUCUAAAGCACUACACGGAGCUCUUCCUACACAUUCUCCAAGCCGUCUUCGGUCUAACCACCAUCAUCCUCUACGGGAUCGACAUCCACCACGCACACGAAAAGUCCGAGUCGGCAGAUGCACGCUGGGUAUACGCCAUCGUGACGGGGAUGAUGGGGUGCGGGACGGCGCUAUUCUACCUGGUUAUGAUGCAUUGGGUGUUGAAGACGCGGACGCCGUUGGCAAUGCGCGAGAGGUGGAAUCUGCCGCUGUUUGUGUGGGAGGCGGUGUUGUGCGUGUUUUGGUUGACGCUGUUUGGCAUCUUUGGGAAGUUGUAUAUUGGGGAUUAUGAGGAUAGUAGUAAGGUGACGAGGAUGAGGCGUGCGGUUUGGGUGGAUUUGGUGGAUUUGGUGCUGUGGGGAGGAAGAGGAACAGAUGGGUCAUGAGAUUAGUAGGAGGACUGCUGGAUAAUUAUUGUAUUUUGUAUUAAGCACUGAGUGCAUGCGUCGACGCAUGAGUAAUGUCUUGAGA